GAGAUCAGCCCUGUAGUUGCUGCAGGGUUGGCAGCUCCUCCUGUUCUUGCCUUUCAGGCAGACACUCGCUGCUCUCUCGGAUCAGGCAGCUCCGGACCAUGUUCCGCUGCCUCUGCCGCUUCUGGAAGCCGCUGGCCGGCCCGGCAAACAGCGGCACCCCGGCCGCUUGGCGUUCGCACCCGGCGCCGCUCCGGCAGCUCGGCAGAGCGGGGAGAGCCUGGGGCCGGGACCGGGGCCGGGGCCGGGGCCGGGGCCGCCUCCUGUCUGCGGGCCGGUGCCUCGGACUCGGACUCGGGUUCGGCCUCGGGUUAACUCUCAGUCUGGGCCUCGGGCCCCGGCUCUGGAUGCCGCAGCCUGAAUGUCAGUCGGAGAAGGAAGAGGAGCAGCGGCAGGAAGCGAGUGAGGCUCUAGCAGCGGCCAAACAAAGAGGACGCGACUUACUGCAGAGGAUCAAGGAUGAAGUGGGAGCUCCUGGGAUAGUGGUCGGUGUUGCUGUGGAUGGAAAGGAAGUUUGGUCAGAAGGGCUGGGGUACGCUGAUGUGGAGAACCGGGUGUUGUGUAACCCAGACACCGUCAUGCGCAUCGCCAGUAUCAGCAAACCCCUCACCAUGACUGCCAUAGCCAAGCUGUGGGAAGAUGGAAAGCUGGAUUUCGAUGCCCCUGUGCAGAAAUAUGUGCCAGAAUUUCCAGAAAAAGAAUACAAAGGGGAGAAAGUGACAAUAACUAUAAGACAGUUACUGUCUCACCUGAGUGGCAUUCGGCACUAUGAGAAGGACAUUAAGAAGGUACAGGAACUAAAAGGAAAAGACAAGAGGCUCGUUAAAGAGGAGGUGGAGUCCAAAGCUGAUCAAGGUAGUAAAGAUAAAAGGCCGGCAGAGAAACCAAAAGAGACAUUGGAGAACACGCAAAUGGGAAGCGAGGGUGACAGCAGGAUACAGGAGAAAUGCCCAAAAUCAGAAAGUGACAAAGAUGAAGACUCAGGGAAAAGCAACAAAACUCCUCAAAACAAGAAAGAGUUCCAGCACGAGGAAUACUACAUCACGGAGAAAUUUGAGAGUGUUUCUAAAUCACUGGCGCUCUUCAAGAAUGAUCCCUUGAUGUUCAAACCUGGAAGUCAGUUCUUGUAUUCUACGCAUGCUUGGACCCUUCUUAGUGCUGUCGUGGAAAAGGCUUCCGAACAGAAUUUCUUACACUUGAUGAAGAAGAUGUUCCAGGAUCUUGGCAUGCUCAGAACUGUGCCAGAUGAACAUGAGCCAAUCGUAUACAACCGAGCAAGGUAUUAUGUUUACAACAAGAAUGGGCAUCUGGUGAACUCCCCAUACGUGGACUGCUCCUACAAAUGGGCUGGAGGUGGGUUUCUCUCCACCGUCUGUGACCUGCUAAGAUUUGGCAGUGCCAUGUUGUACAGCUACCAGGCUGAGCGGCUGAAGGAUGGGAAUCGGACCCUGCUCCCAGGCUACCUCACACCGGCCACCAUGAGGAUGAUUUGGUCCCCAGUGGGAAAGACGGAAUUGAGCUGGGAUAGAGAGGGCAGGUACGCUAUGGGCUGGGGCAUUGUGGAGCAGAGCCAGCAGUGUGGGCAGUGCCGGCACCAGAGGCACUACCUCACCCACACGGGCGGGGCAGUGGGGGCCAGCAGUGUCCUGCUGCUGCUCCCCGAGGAGCCCCCAGACUCUCCUGCUGGACCCUCAGGGGCGAGGGUCCCUCCGCGGGGGGUAGUUGUGGCCAUUCUCUGUAACCUGCAGUCUGUUGGCCUCAACCCCACAGCUCUGAACAUCGCCUUAGAGUUUGAGAAGGUCAGGACAGCUCAGCCUCCCUGUCCCACCUCUGACCCUGACUACCCCAGCCCAGCCGGCUGACCAAGCAUAGGGCUCGGAAACACCUCCAGGACGGGACUGAGUCUGGAUUCAGAGCUGCACUGGUCUGUAGGUUGCCAACUCCAAUUGGACUCAUUCCUGGAAUUUGACCCACACAAUCCCUCACCUCCAGCAACUUUUUACUCCACAUCUCCAAUAUUUUUAUAACUAAUAAGAUCUCCAGAUAAUUUUUUCAAAGACCUUUUUUUCCUCCCUGGGGUCUCUGGGAGAUGAAUCUUUAAUUCCUGGAGACUCCAGGACAAUCUUGCAGAGUUGGCAGCCCCUUUUGACCUGGAAUCAUUCCUGUAAACAAUGAUAUGAGAUUUUUUUCUAACUGCAUUUCAGCCCUAUCAGGUUGAGGAAUUUUACUGAACAAUUUUAUAAAAAACUUUUCCCAAAUAAUGUGCAAAAAUAUCUUUUUAACCCUUUUCAACAGUUUUGUAAAAAAUGUGAACUGUAUUUUAUAAACAAGAAGAUAUAAGUCCCAGGCACUGGAACAUUCCAGUGAGCUGCCAGAGAAGCUGCUUCACUCCGGAUUCUGUCCCAAUGGCUCGGAUUCCCACUGGGGAAUUCUCUUAAUUUUUCUGUGAGAAACGUUUAUCUUCACAACUCAUUAAAGCUUUUAACUUUCUGA